GGGUUUUAAUGGUGCCGUCGUGAACCUCCUUUCCCAGUAGGCAUUGCGUCCCGCGCCGCCCACGCCUCGCAGUGGUGAGUGGGACUUGUAGUCCGCUUCCGCUCUUUCUGCCGCCUGCAGCUCAUGGUUAGGGCGGAGCAGGACUACGUUUCCCGGCGUGCCCUGCUCCUUGGGUCCUCUCCCCCUCGAAUCCCAUCGGCGGCUACGGAAGGGCUGGAAAAAAUGGCGGCUCCGGGGGCCAGCGGGCCGGGCUCGGCCUCCAACCCGCGCAAGUUCAGCGAGAAGAUCGCCCUGCAGCGCCAGAGACAGGCGGAAGAGACGGCAGCCUUCGAGGAGGUCAUGAUGGAUAUCGGCUCCACCCGGCUGCAGGUGCAGAAGCUGAGGAUGGCUCACAUGCGGGGCUCCUACUAUGGCGGCUCACUGCCCAAUGUCAAUCAGAUCAGCAGCGGAUCCACAGAGUUCCAGGGUCCCCCCCAGUCACCUUUGGACUCACGGAGCACCAGACAUCAUGGCUUAGUGGAAAGGGUUCAGCAUCGGGACCCCCGCAGAAUGAUGUCCCCUCUGCGCCGCUACAUGCGACAGAUGGACAGCUCUCCGUAUGGCGCCUCCUACCUCUCCCCGCACCAGGAGUCAUCUUGGAGAAGGAACUUACCCUGGGGUAACUACCCCUCGGACACAGGACAGCUGUUUAGGCUGCCAAGCGCAUUGAACAGAACCAACUCGGAUUCUGCCCUGCACACCAGCGUGAUGAACCCUGCCUCCCAGGAGCCGUACCCAGGACCAUCACAGGGGGUCCCCACCCCCAACCGGAGGAGUGCCUUCCCGUUCAGCGUUCCAGCAAUAGAGGAAUCUCAGACGGAUGGCACGCACCUACUGACCCCAUGUGACGCCAAAAAAAUGCCCUCUGCCUCUGGUCGGCCCAAGUCCUGCGAGGUCCCCGGGAUUAACAUUUACCCAUCAGUAGACCAGCCUGCCAGCGUCCCCCCAGUCGCCUCAGUUCUUAAUACUGGGGGGUCACUACCGGACCUGACCAACCUCCACUUCCCAUCCCCUUUGCCCACCCCCCUGGACCCAGAUGAGUCAGGAUUCAGCAGCUUGAGUGGUGGGAGCAGCACCGGGAACCUGACCAGCACCAUGACCCAUCUGGGCAUCAGUAGAAUGGGGUUACCCCCCGGAUUUGAUUCAGGUUUCCCAUCCUCGGCCGCUGUACAGAAUUCUCUCAGUCGUCAGUCGCUGCAGUCAUCGCUGAGUAACCCGAACCUCCAGACGUCGCUCAGUAGCGCCUCCCUGCAGACGUCUUAUAGUAACCCGUCCCUGCAGUCGUCCCUCAGCAGUCAGUCUCUGCCGUCUUCUCUCAGCAAUCAUUCCCUGUCCCCCUCGGCCAGCAGCCACAGCCUGCCCUCUGCCUACAGUACCCCGUCCUCCCCGUCUUCAUCCUCCUCGUCCUCCUUCCCUCCUCUGGCCUCCGCCUCACUGAACACCUCCCCUCGGCGCAGGGUCCCGCUCAGCCCGCUUACAUUGCCGAUGGCUGGUGACUCCAGGAGGCCGCACCAGAAGCAGUUCUCGCCCACCAUGUCGCCCACGCUGACGUCCAUUACCCAGGGGGUCCCUCUGGACACCAGUAAAAUGCCAGCGGAACAGAGACUGCCGCCUUACCACUAUAACCACCCCAAUUUAUUGCACCAGUCCCAGCAGCCUCUGCACCAUCCUCAUCAACCGGCACAUAAUUCCCAGCAGUCGGUGCACCAUUCCCAGCAGUCGGUCCAUGACUCCCAGCAGCCUCUGCAUCAAUCCCAGCAGACAAUGCAUAAUUCCCAACAGCUUCAUUCCCAACAGCCAAUCCAUGACUCCCAGCAGCCUCUGCACCAGUCCCAACAGUCUUUACGCCAGUCCCAGAAUGCCCAGCCGAGCAUGCAGAACCAUCAGCCGUCAUCACAACAAGCCCCCCAGACCAUGAACCAACAUGGCCCAUCUGUAAUGGGGGAGGUUUCCCAGAAGCCUUUGCCACAAUCCUCCCACAAGAACAAUCAUGGGGUUGCAUCAGGCAUGCAGCCGUACCCGUUCCAGCAGAACUCCGGAGGAUCGUUCUACCAGCCGCCUCUGGGAGACUACUCUCUGAAUAAUUCUCUGCUCAGCAGUCUCUUCGAUGACUGUGAUUUACAGCUGUCGGCUCAGCAGGCCAGCACUCUGUCACAGCAGUUUGAGCAGUGUAACAUGGUGGAGGGCGGCCGCCUGGGCCUGGGCAGCAGCUGCUUUCAUGGAGAGUUUCCCCCGAUGCAGAACUCCGGCUCCUCUCAGUCCUUGAAGAAAAUGAACAACAGCAACUGCAGCCGUCACGACCCAAUCCCCAACAUCAUCCUGACAGCUGUGGACUCCCCUCCCGGCUUCUCCAAAGAGAUCACCAGCGCAUUGUCUGCCGUCCCCGGCUUCGAGAUGGAUCAAUCUCUGGGCCUUGAGGAAGAUCUUAACAUUGAGCCCCUCACUCUGGACGGACUUAAUAUGCUCAGCGACCCCUACGCCCCCCUGACAGACUCCUUAGUGGAGGAUUCUUUCCGCUCUGACCGUCUGCAGUGAAGAGUUUACUGUUUGUCCGAGUGCGGUGGUCAGCUGUCCAACAUGGAGGACGGAGGGAAGAGAGACGAGUGAGGAACGUCAGUCAGCUCAGGACCCUUCUGUCCGCGGGGAAGCCGACUGUCCGGAGCUGUGCUCACGUGAUGGGGGACAUCAGCCCCCCCCCCCAGACCUGUGUCCGGUCCUGCAGCACCCGAUGGGUGACGGUGAACGCUCAGUGUAACAUAUUGUAAAUUCACAUUUGUCAGAACAAUCUAUUUUAUUAUGUCUGCCCCUGCAGUGGGAGGAUGUUUUUGGGUUUUUUAGAGAAGAAUAUAUUUUAUUGCCCGAGUCUGUAACUAAUAUAUUUUAUUAUCCAUUGCUAAAAUGAGAAAUGUCUAUGACCUGCGACAAAACGAAAGAACUUUAACCCGAUUCACUUUGUUAGCACUUAAAAGGAGCGGAGGAUUUUCUCUCUUCUCCUCAGUAGAUCAUCAUAGGUAGAACCACCAUCUCUACGGAGGUGACCCUGCCGCCGCUGAGGUCAUGUGACCCCAUACAGCCAUGACUAGGUCUCUCACCUCACCCAUAUGAAGGAGGUCUCUUAUACUUCAGGCAGUGGUCCCUGUGUAGGAUGAGCCCCUUUUGCAUUCUCUGUCGCAGGUAUCUCUGGAUUUUUUAAAAUCUUUUAUAAAUGUGUUCUUCUUCCUAUGACUUCGGUGGAGGGUCACACAAGUAUGGCUGUUGCCCUGUGUUUAGCGCUGACUUAUGAGUGGGGCUUAUUGGCCAUGUUGUAGUCCCGAUAGCGUUGUGCUGUCCAUGACUUACAUGUCACGCAUCCUCAUAAACUCUUAGUAACAAUGUGCCUUCAAUCCGUCAGCUCCAUCCUACGUGGGGCCAUUUCUCCCAUCAUAAGUUCAGCUGCUAUCCAGGUAACACGGCCUCACAUCCCGCACAGCGCAGCUUCUAUCCAGGUAUCGCGGCCUCACAUCCCGCACAGCGCAGCUUCUAUCCAGGUAACACGGCCUCACAUCCCG